AUGUCUGCACCAGCCAACGAGAACGGCGACGCCGAGCGCCGGUCGCCGGGCCGUCAUAUCGAACUCGUCGAGGACGAUGCCCACUCCGAACGCGCCGACGGCGACCACAGCCCGGCCCUCACGGACAGCAAAGGCUGGGACGGGAAGCUGCGCCUAGACCGUACCGCCCUGCUGCAGAACCCCGAGGCCAUCUCGGAUCCAGAGUACUCGGACGACGAGAAUGUCUUGCCCGGCGAGGAGAUCUCGGCCGACGAGGGUAAGCGCUUCCCCAAUCUGCUCAACGACGAGGACCCCGAGACUGAAGACCUUGCGCUCAUCCAGUCACGUAUCGGCAACAUUCCGGCCCUCCGGCUCGAACGCUUCAGGCACGCGGCUCGGCUAUGCCUACGCCAGAACCUUAUCCAGCACAUGGACGGCUUGUCGUCUCUCGGGCCCACGCUGCAGGAGCUGGACCUCUACGACAACCUUAUUGCACACAUCCGGGGCCUCGAAGACCUGACCAACCUCACCACGCUGGACCUGAGCUUCAACAAGAUCAAGCACAUCAAGCACAUCGACCACCUCACGAAGCUCACCGACCUGUUUUUCGUGGCCAACAAGAUCAGCAAGAUUGAGGGCCUGGAAACCCUGGUGAACCUGCGUCAGAUCGAGCUUGGCUCCAACAGGAUCCGCGAGAUCAAGAACCUCGACUCUCUGAAGAACCUCGAGGAGCUGUGGCUGGCCAAGAACAAAAUCACCGAGAUCCAGGGCCUCUCGGGCCUGCCAAAGCUCCGCCUGCUCAGCAUUCAGUCAAACCGGAUCAAGGAUCUCUCCCCGCUGCGUCAGGCCCCGCAGCUCGAGGAGCUGUACAUCUCGCACAACGCCCUGGAGAGCCUGGAGGGACUGGAUGGCAACACCAACCUGCGAGUGCUGGACGUCUCGAACAACAUGAUCAAGAGCCUCAAGGGCCUCGAGGGCCUCAAGGAGAUAGAAGAAUUCUGGGCGAGCUACAACCAGAUCGGGGACUUUGCCGACGUGGAGCGGGCGUUGGCCGACAAGGAAAACCUCACCACUGUCUACCUGGAGGGCAACCCCCUGCAGCUCAGGCAGCCCGCACUGUACCGAAACAAGGUGCGCCUGGCACUGCCGCAGGUGUCACAGAUCGAUGCCACCUUCGUCAGAACUUGA